AUGUAGCCGUGCCACAUUCGGCCGAUAGGUGGCCUAACGUAUUGCAUUGAACGUUAGAAUUAUAUCCUAAUAUCGUAGGAUAAAAAAAAAAAACAGUAGCUAGCUCGCUAGCUGCCGUAGCAAAACAUGCAGAAAUAUGAGAAGCUUGAGAAGAUUGGAGAGGGGACUUACGGAACAGUCUUCAAAGCAAAAAACAGAGAAACUCAUGAGAUUGUAGCUCUCAAGAGAGUCAGAUUAGAUGAUGACGACGAGGGAGUUCCAAGUUCAGCAUUGCGGGAAAUCUGCUUGUUAAAAGAACUUAAGCAUAAAAAUAUAGUCAGGCUGCACGAUGUCCUACACAGUGACAAGAAGUUAACAUUAGUGUUUGAGUACUGUGAUCAGGAUUUGAAGAAAUAUUUUGACAGCUGCAAUGGUGACUUGGAUCCCGAGACAGUGAAGUCAUUCAUGUACCAGCUGUUGAAAGGACUGGGCUUCUGUCACAGUCGGAAUGUGCUGCACAGGGAUCUUAAACCGCAGAACCUCCUCAUCAACCGAAACGGUGAGCUGAAGCUGGCUGAUUUUGGGUUGGCGCGGGCCUUUGGCAUUCCGGUGAGGUGUUACUCCGCCGAGGUGGUGACGUUGUGGUACAGGCCGCCGGAUGUGCUGUUUGGCGCCAAGCUGUACUCUACCUCUAUUGACAUGUGGUCUGCAGGCUGCAUAUUCGCUGAGCUGGCAAAUGCUGGAAGACCCCUAUUUCCAGGAAAUGAUGUCGAUGACCAGUUGAAGAGGAUCUUCCGAUUGUUGGGAACCCCAACCGAGGAGCAGUGGCAAACUAUGACCAAACUCCCUGAUUAUAAGCCGUACCCCAUGUAUCCAGCCACGACUUCACUGGUGAAUGUUGUUCCUAAGCUUAGUGCCACAGGGCGGGACCUGCUGCAGAAUCUGUUGAAGUGCAAUCCAGUCCAGCGUAUCUCGGCAGAGGAAGCCUUACAGCACCCCUACUUCGCCGACUUCUGCCCCCCAUAGACGUUUGGCUACCCCCGCCCGCCGGGCUCCUUUCACAUCCAACCAAACGGUCACAACCCAAACAGGGUACUGCUCCCCCCCCCCCCUAUACACAUCCACCGGGCAUCAGGAAUGCAGUCCUCGCGGGACUUUAGGUUUUCUGCCAUUCAUCUCUCUUUCUGUCUACUGCUUGCAUCAGGGGGCUUUUGCUUUACGGUCGAGGUAACGGCGGCCAUCCCCUCACACAACAUGGGCCCUCCUUCCACACAGCACGGCUUGAUGGCAAUAAGUAAAGCGAGGCCCAGCGGGGGCUCCAAAUCGCCUUAAUGACGACAACCCAGUACCAACACUGAGCCAUUUUGUCUCCACAAGGGUGAACUUGAUUAAAUCAGACAUUUUGAAUCAUUGAUGAAACCCCCGCCGCAGAAAUGUCUGGCAAUUUACGUGCUGUACUUUUUUUAUUUUCUUUUUUUUUUUCUCAUCACUUCUUAGCAUUUUUAGGUUAGAUAGCAGAAGAUGGUAAGAUGGUAAUGGACUAAAUUUCUCACACUGAUGAUGAAAAAAACAAGACAGUUUAGAAGCACAAUGCUGCACACUCCAGAAGCCAAUUUCAACCAAACCGUUACUCAGCAAUGGGAAUUCAUCGUUACAGCUUUCAGUUUGGUGCCGUACAAAUAUGCCUUUUACCACUUACUAAAAUGCAUUUGAGAUUUGUGUAAUUUAAUGGAAAAAGAUGUUAUUUAUCUUGGCGUAUUGUAAUUGUACAGGCUUCUAGUCCUCCAUAUUAGAACCCAUUUUUAUUGUAAUGCACUUUCAGUAUCUUAAGGGCAACAUUUGUAGCUUUUUUCCUUUUUUUUUUUUUUUUUUUUUUUUAAUGACUUGCUUAUAAGUCGGUUGAACACUGAAGGUGGAGGUGUCCUACUCAGCCACUGUUGGUUUUGAAUAUUUUUUUGAAGAGUGGACCAUAAUUAAUUCAGACGUUUUUUUAAAUCCUUUUUUGUUGUUGCUGUUAUCUGGUAUUAUUGAAUUGUUGUCUUUAUGUUGAAACUGCUACCGCAAUGGAUGAAAAAAAAUAAUUGCUCCUCAUUGCAAAAAAUGUAAUGUUUUUUCAAUACAUUUGAGCAAAUUUGAGAAACAAUCAAUCCUUCAAAUUCAGUGAACAUUAUACAGAGUAUGAAACAUUCUGUGCAGCAAAAGUUCACUAACGGGUAUUUCAUGUUUGGUGUGUAACUUGUGUGAAUGAACCAGUGUUACUGUUUUAUCCAUGCUAUAAAGUAAUUAAAAAAACAACCUGUUACUUAAUACACAA